AUAUCCCGCUUGCCCCCUGAACCCUCUACACCCACUUCUCCCCCAUCCCGCGCCGUGGCUCUCGAGCAAGAGCCGCAUCUCUGAACGACACCAACUGCGCCCCAAACCCCACGGGGAGAUCCCUUCUCGUUGGCCAAGCUCGCCCUAUCCCACGCCUCAUCCCACUCUCAUCCCACUUAACCACUGCCCUAUCGAGAUGGCGCCCUCCGCAACUGACGAAACGGCGCCAAUGCACCUACCCGCCGCCUCAAAAGCUUCGACCAUUAACGCUUCAGUUCUUCAUGGUCCCCGGGACCUCCGCAUGGAACGCCGGAGUAUUGGGGACCCCAGCAUUGGUGAACUUCAGAUUGCUGUCCACACAACAGGCAUCUGCGGCUCCGAUGUUAGUUACUACAAGAAGUUCGCCAAUGGCGACCUGUGUGCCUGCGCGCCCCUCUCGCUCGGCCACGAGUCGUCGGGUACUGUCGUCGCCAUUGGGCCCCAGGUCGCUGGCUUCAACAUCGGCGACCGCGUCGCCCUUGAAGUCGGCAUCCCCUGUGGACAGUGUGGCAUCUGCCGCCGAGGCAGGUAUAACCUAUGCAAGCGUAUGAGGUUUAGGAGUAGCGCAAAAUCAGUGCCGCACUUCCAGGGAACAUUACAAGAGCGCAUCAACCACCCUGCUGUGUGGUGUCACAAGCUCCCCGACAACAUUUCCUUCGAUGCCGCCGCAUUACUAGAGCCGCUGUCGGUUGCCAUCCAUGCCGUCAACCGGGCACAACCAACCCCUGGCUCUACUGCCCUGGUCAUCGGCGCCGGCGCCGUUGGCCUCCUCACCGCCGCCAUGGCCAGGCAAUCCGGCUGCUCUACCGUCACCAUCGCCGACGUCGACCAAGGCCGCGUCGACUUCGCCAUCGCCAAGGGCUUCGCAACCCACGGUUACGUUGUCGACAGGCCCUCCCAGACCUCCUCGAGCAGCUCCUCAGUAUACAGCCCCAGCAGCUCCGGCACCUCCACACCACUGGACGGCGUCAUGACUCCAGCCAGCGUCCUCUCCAUGCGAUCGCAGUUCGACUACGCCAAGUCGCUCGCCGCCGACAUGCUCGCGCUCACGUCCGCCACGUCCAACCCGUCCUUCACCGGGAUCGACGACGACGAGGACGACGGCGUCGACGUCACCUUCGAGUGCACGGGCAAGGAGGUCUGCAUGCACACGUCGCUGUACGCGACCCGCGCGGGCGGCCGCGUCAUCAUGGUGGGCAUGGGCACGCCCGUGCAGACGCUGCCCAUGUCGGUCGCCCACCUGCGCGAGAUCGACAUCCUGGGCAUCUUCCGCUACGCCAACACGUACGCCACGGGCAUCCGCCUGCUGUGCGCCCGCGAGCGCCAGGCCCAGGCCGGCCUCGGCGGCCUCGUCCUCCCGUGCCUGGACGACAUGGUCACGCACCGCUUCAAGGGCCUCGAGAAUGCGCACCGCGCGUUUGAGCUGGCCAGUCGCACCGUGGAUGAUGAGGGGAAUCUGGUGUUGAAGGUUGUUAUUGAGACUUAGGCCGCCGGCUGAGGUCGAGUGAGGUGGGCGCAAAAGUAUAAAACAGCAAAAAAGGAGGUUUGGCGACUGACUAACGUUGAUCGGGUGGUGUUGGUUCUGAUUAUUAUCUCGGAGUUUUGUGACAUCUAGUGUGCG